AUGGCAGCUCCAACAUGUUUUCUCAUUUCUUUUAUGGUUUUGCUAAGCUUAGCAAUAUGCUCUGCCCAGCCUAUUGAUGUUCACACUAAGCCUAUGGAAGUUGAUCAUCAUCACAACCACAAAGCUCACACUUUGAGUAAUAUCGACGUCCAAGGCUUUGGAGGAGGAGGCAGUGAUGGCGGAUCAGGCAUUGUUCGUGGUGGAUUUGGCAUUGGUGGUGGCGGAGGUGGAUUUGGUGUUGGUGUUGGUGUUGGCGUUGGCGUUGGUGGUGGUGGGGGUGGAUUUGGCAUUGGCAUUGGUGGAGGUGUCCCUGGCUACAAUGACCCUGGUUUUGGUUUCCCUAUCUAUAUACCUGGCUUUGAUUUCCCAGUCUAUUCCCCUGAUUGUGGUUAUGUGUGUCUUGCUAAUAAUCCUAGAGGAGAAAUCACUGAAUUCAAAAUCUCAGGAUUAUCACACUUCACCAAACCAUACAGAUGCAGGCCAGGGCCAAACAUGCGCGGAGACAAAGAUUUUAACCAUGAACUUCUUCUAAACUUUGUUUCUACAAUGCAGGACAAACAAGAGAACAAACAUGAACGUCUACACUAUGGAGGACACGGUGGAGAUGUAGGCCUCCGAGUAGGGGGAGCUAGACGUUUAGGAUUUGGUCGUGGUACUGAUACCUCUGAUCAGUAUGCUAAUGAGGACCCUGGUUGGAGUAUUGAGGGCUGUGGUUAUGUAUGUCCAGGCAACAGUCCUAGUGGAGGAAUCACUGAAUUCCAUAUAUCAGGAAUAUCACAUUUUAGUGAACCUUACAGAUGUAGCCCAGAUAUGUGUGACACUGAAGAAUGUGGUGAAUUUCUUCUACGCUUUGUUUCUCCAAUGCAUAACAAACACGAGAACAAACAUGGUCAUCAGUCAGAGAAGCAAGACAAACAUGAGAACCAACAUGGUCAUCAGUCAGAGCAGCAAGAGAAAGAAAUCACAAACGAUAUCCCCGACCCACCCACACCCCAAUCCUGA